AUGUCUGGCGCUAAAGGAGAUAAAGGCUUGAAGGGUAGAAAAAAGCAGAGGAACGUAAAAGGAAGGUUGGGUGAUAGAAAAGGAAAAAGAAAUCGUAGAGGACAGCGUGCAAGACAGCAGAUGUGGGAGAAGAUCCAUGGAAAGAGGGCAAAACAUUUGCAUAAAAAUAACAUUUUAAUUAAACCAAAGGAGUAUAAGGAAGAUAGGAAACAGACAAGUAAAGUCAAAGGUCAGCAUUCUGUCAAACGAAAGAGUGAUGAUGAGAGUUUACACCCAUCAUGGGAAGCUGUGAAAAGAAAAAGAUUGCAGGAAACAGUUAAGGUUGAGUUCAAAGGACAGAAAAUCAAAUUUGAUGAUUCAGAUUGA